AUGACCACCACCACCACCACAGGGAAUGGUUUGAACUUGACAGCAGCGAGACAACAUGCCUCUCGAAUGUACUAUACCAAACCUAAAACCACUCAAAAAUAUUCCUUCUUUUGUACUCCAUUUACUCGAUUCGUUCAAUUAGGUCGAUCUACCAUGUUGUAUUUAUAUUUUAGUUUGAUGGUCGUUAUUUUCUUUGUGGUCUUGUCUGCAUUACAUGCUCCUUAUUUGUAUUUUUAUUAUCAGAAAUCCAAUCCAUCCUUUUUCUUUCAAGCAAGUAUGGCCAAUUUCAGUCUAGGUUCAAGUGGUGGUGUGAAUAUUGCAUUUGGUGCUAUUGAAAUUGCAAUUAGUAUAUUCUCAAUUGUCUAUUUGAGAUUUUUAUAUUGGUUUUCAAAGAGAAUGAAUGAUAAGGUAGCAAAGAGAACCAUUUCAGUAGCAGAUUAUUCUGUUCAUGUUCGUGAUUUACCAUCGACUGAAGCUGUUCAUGGUAAAAAGAGACUCUAUAAACACUUUUCAAAAUUUGGACCAAUUGAUAACAUUGCUCUUGCUCUUGAUAGUGGUAAUUUAAGUAAAUCCUUAAAGAGAAAGGAAGAAUUAAUUAAGGAUAUUGAAAAGUGUGAUAUUAUCAUUCAGAGAGGAGAAUGUUUUUCAAGUUUAAUUGAAAGAAUUAAGAGAUAUUAUUUCACACAAUUGUUAAAUUGGACCAGAAAAGAUAUUGCAAAAUCCAUGAGAAAGAAAGCCUAUCGAUGUACAGGUGAUGCUUUUAUAACCUUUGUCAAUGAAAAGGCAAGAUUUCAAUGUCUUCAUACAUUCAACAAACCACAAAUUCAGAAACUCUGUUCUAAAAAAGGAACUUAUUCAAAGAAGAGACAUAGAAUCCGAGUAGAACCAGCUCAUGAACCACAUGAUAUCAUUUGGGAAAAUUUGGAGUAUUCAGUAAUUUCUAAAUACAGUCGAAGAUCUGUAUCCUCUAUUUUUACAAUUCUAUUCUCUGCAGCAGUGGUUGCUGUGGCUGUGGUUUUAGAAGUUGUGAAAAAAGAUAAAUUUGCAGAUACAAGUAUUACUGAAUGGAUUAAGAACCCAUCGUUUCAAAAUUGGCAAAUAUUUGCGAGUAUUGGAAUGUCUGUUUUGGUUUUUAUUUUGGUUCAAGUAUUGACUUAUACUCUAUACUUAUUCUCCAAUUUUGAAAAACACAGAUUUAUUUUAAAUGCUAAACAAAGCUUAAUGAUGAAAGUAACCUUUGGUUCCUUCUUCACAACCAUUGCCUAUUUAUUUGUGUAUUUACAAUCACCUACUCCAGGAACUUAUUAUUCUGAAAUUACUGAUAAUAGUGUGAUUAUACCAAAAGGAGCAAUUUAUUUAGGAAGUACUUAUAUUCCUAUCAUUGUGGAGUCCUCUGCAUUUUACAGUUCCAUCUUCUUUGUCACUUGUACAAGUAUUGCUUCCAAUGUCAUCAAAGAUGCCUUACUCGUGGUGUAUCAUCAUUUCUUGAGAAAGUACAAGGUGGCAACUUCAGUGACUCAAAGUGAUUUGAUGAAAGCUGUUGAACCUCCAAGAUAUUCCUAUGAAUAUCGUUACUCAUAUCAACUCAAAAACAUGUUCAUUGGUCUUUUAUUUAGUGGUCUCUUUCCACUUUCUCUCAUGAUGAUCACCAUUGGACUUGUAUUGUGUUAUUUCAUUGACAAGUUCAAUGUUCUCAAAGUGUAUCGAGCUGAAGGAAAAGAAGUAGAUUUACUCUCUCCAACUGCCAUCAAUUUUUUAUCUUUUGGAAUGCUCAUGAGAUAUAUUUUAAUGUCCAUUACAAGAAUUUAUUUCACAAUAAGUUUGAAUUAUGAUCCAUCAACAACCAAUCAACCCGUAUUGAGUAUCAUUACACCCUAUCAUAUAUGUUUCUUUUCUGCCUUUUUAUUGUAUCUCAUAUUCUUAAUGAUUCAUUGGAUGACCACUGGAACCAAUUUCAUUCAAAAGUAUUUGUGUUGUCCACCAUUUAGAUAUCCUAAUUAUAUUACUAGAAAUGGAGAGAAACCAAUUCAUGACUAUCGAGAUGGUUUUGAUAAAUAUGUUGCACCUGUGGAUGUUCAAAAUGUCAAGUAUGUGUAUCAUGGUGAAGAAUUGGAGAGUGUGGAUUAUGAAAAGAAAAAACAGAAAGAUUCUACACAAAAGAUUGCAGCUGCAUUGUGA